CGCGUGCGCAGACCGAGGAGCGCUGUGGCGAGUCCCGGGUCCGUGGAGUUCGGGUUCUCCCCGCGUGUUUCGGGCGGGAGGCCAGAUUACACCAUUUCUCUGAAUUUCACACCGAAAACAUCUCCUUCCUGAAGAAACAGCAUCUCUGGGUGCCAUGAAGGUAUUUUUGAUCUGCUGUGGCCAGCAGGACUUGGACCGUGGGCAGUCAUGGAGAAGCAUGCCUUGCUCAACCACUGGUCUCUGACCUACCCUGGCUAUCACUAGAUGCUGUCUUUGAAGCGGAGGUGUGAUCUUGAGAGCCCAGGCGUUUGUAUUGAGAAGCUGCCUUCUGUCUAUUCCAGAAGAUGAACACCAGGGCUUGGUGGCGUUUUCCUGCACUGCUGACCAGAACAUGCAGAGUACCACGGGGACCUGGGCUUUGGGAGACGCUGGCACUGCUGUCCCCAGGAGUGGCCCCCACUGCAGUGCAGAUGGCCGGCAAGAAGGGCUGCCCAGCGCUGUGUCCCCUGGAUGAGAAUGAUCUGGAAGAGCAGUUUGUGAAGGGGCAUGGUCCAGGGGGCCAAGCCACCAACAAAACCAGCAACUGUGUGGUGCUGAAGCACAUGCCCUCCGGUAUCGUGGUCAAGUGCCACCAGACAAGAUCUGUGGAUCAAAACAGAAAGCUAGCUCGGAAAAUCCUACAAGAAAAAGUGGAUGUUUUCUAUAAUGGUGAAAAGAGCCCUGUGUACAAAGAGAAACGAGAGGCACAGAAGAAAAAGCAAGAAAGGAAAAAGAGAACAAAGGAAACUCUAGAAAAAAAGAAAUUACUGAAAGAACUAAGGGAGUCAAGUGAAAAUGUCACUGAGAAAAGAACUGCUGAUUCUGACUGAAUCUACAAGAAGUUUCCAUGGAGAAGGUGGCAGCCAGGCCUCUCUCCUAGUGAGUCUGCAGCCUCAAGCUAGCACCCACACAGAUGAAAAGCCGCCAGAGAAUGUCGGCUUGUGUGCUCAAGAAUAAAACUAUAGGGCUGGGAACGUGGC